AUGCCAGGAGCAGGGAUCGAAGUGAAUCAGUUCCAUGUCACGGCGGCCAUGCGCGCCUGCAGCAAGGCUGGGAAAUGGGACACGGCGCUGGCGCUUUUGGAGUCGCUGGAUUCCCUGCGAGUACCCCAAGAAGAGAAAAUCUUCGGGGCCGUUUUCAGCUGCUGCGAGCGAUGUGGCAGGUGGCAGCAGGUGCUGGCGCUGAUGGCGUCGAUGGCUUCGCAGAGCGCAUGGAGCAGAACAAGCCCCAGCAGCGCAUCUUACAAUUAUGCAGUGAGCGCCUGCGAGCAAGCGACACAGUGGGGGCAAGCAGUGCAGUUGUUGGCAGACAUGCAGGAAAAGAGCAUUUAUAUGGAUGGAAGUACCACUUGCAGCGUGCUUUCCGCCUGUGUCAAAGCCCGGCAACUGGCGGAAGUCACCAGUGUCCUAAACCUCAUGCGGAGAAAUGCCGUGCAAGGCAGCACUAUAGCGUGCAGCGCGGCCAUCGGUGCAUGCUCUCAUGCUGGUUUGUGGCACCUGGCCACCGAGCUCUUAGACUACAUGGCUGCCACAAAAGUACCCCGAAACAUCAUCACUUUCAGCUCUGCGAUCUCUUCUUGUGCGAAAGCUGGCCAAUGGAGUGUGGCUCUGCAGAUCCUGCAGCAGAUGUCGUCAUGUCACGUGGUCCAUGACACUAUCAGCUGCAGCGCAGCCAUCAGUGCAUGCGAGAAGGCUGGCCAGUGGACGGUCGCCCUAGAAAUCCUCGGCAGCAUGCCGACCCUUCGGGUGCUGGCCGAUGCUGUGACUUUGGCCUCCGCGAUCAGCUGCUUGGAAAAGGGCGAGCAGUGGGAGAAGGCCCUGCAACUCCUCUCACAAGGUUCUGGUGAAAAGAUGCAAGUCAACCACAUCGGCCUGUCAGCGGCGAUCUCCGCUUGCGAGAAGGCUGGGCAGUGGAAAGCCGCCUGUGAAGUGUUGCGCUUUUCGGCGACGGCACGCAUCAGAACAGACAUCGUUGCAUACAGCGCGGCCAUCGCGGCAUGCUCUCGAUCUGGGGAGUGGGAGGCAGCUUUUGGACUGUUGGAACAGAUGGCAGUGGAGCACAUCCGCCACGACACCGUGGCAUGCACGGCGGCAAUAACUGCUUGCACGAAUUCGACCGAAUGGACAAGGGCACUCUCUCUUCUGAAUUCAAUGAAGCUCAAGCUGCUGUCACCAGAGAUUUUUGCAUACACUGCAGCUCUAAGUGCUUGCGAUCUCGGGGAGCGCUGGGAGGAAGCAUUGAUACUGAUGGAGGACAUGCAACAAAGCUCAAUGGUCAUAGAUGGCAUGCACGUGGGCUGUGCCAUCAGCGCUGUCCAGAAGAGGCGUGGACGCCCGGCUGCUAUCCGGCUCCUCAAGGCAUUGCGUGCGACAUGGCCCCCCUUGAUUCCGGGAAGCAGAGAGGACAUGGAAGGUUUGGACGUGCUCAGUCUGCAUCCUGGACUGCUUGUCCUCAACAAGCCAGCUGGUGUGCGGACGGAAGACAUGCUUGAGCAAGUGGCCCGCCAUGGCCAAGUCACGGAGAUAUCGCGCCUGGACGUUCCCACCUCGGGGGUGCUACCUGUCGUCCUCGACGCGGAGGGGACGACGGCUGCCAGGUGGUACAAAGCCCAGUUUGCGGGCCGUCUGGCGAGGAAAGAGUACCUCUGUCUGUGUGAGGGCGAAGUGCUGCCUGCCGACGGCGAGCAGCGGGUGGAGCUGCCCUUGCGCAUCCUGCCCCCGGGACCGGGUACCGCCUGCGCAGCGGUGGAUCCCAUCGGCCGGGAAGCUCUGACUUGCUACGAGAGUCUGAAAGUGUACAGCUCUGAUGACAAGAUCUGGUCGCGGCUCCUUGCCAAGCCGAAGACGGGACGAAUGCACCAGAUCCGUGCGCAUCUGGCGAGUGCGGGCCUGCCGUUGGUAGGCGACCGAGUCUAUGGGCUACCAGGACCUUUUUGGUGUCCUCGAUUGUUCUUGCACUGCCGCCGGUUGACGCUGCUUGGCUGGGAUGGGAAGGAACUGAGCAUCGAGGCCCCACUUCCCGCUGAGCUUCGGGCAGCCCUGGAGCACCUGAUUUCUCGGCUUGAUGGGGGUGGCGGGGCUGGCAUGUGGGUGCACCUGCCUCCACAUCUCCCCGCCCCAUGGCUGCAGCUAGCUGCGCGUGAGGCGGUGGAGCUUGAUCAGAUUCACUUCAGCGCUACCAUCCGUGCCUGCAGUAAAGCUGGUGCUUGGGUCCCGGCGUUGGCACUGCUGGAUCUGAUGGCUGACUGGCAACUUGACAAGGAUCUGAAGUGCUUCGGUGCAGCGCUGAGCGCCUGUGACCAUGGCCGCCGGUGGCAGGUAAGCGCAUGCGAGCGCUGCGCCCAAUGGUCACAAGCACUGCAGCUUUUGGAAGACAUGAGCUUCAAGCAAGUGCCGGUGGACACCAUUACCUUCUGCUCGGCCAUUUGUGCGUGUGGAAAGGCGAAGAAGUGGCCCCGAGUUCUUUGGCUUCUGCAGCGCAUGGACCGACAGUCUGUAGAGAAGAACACUAUACUUUGCAGUGCCGCGGUGAAUGCGUGUGCAAAGGGCAACCUCUGGACCAUGGCCAUCAAUAUUUUGGAUUCCAUGGCUCUCUCGGGCAUCGAGAGAAACACCAUCACUUUUAAUUCUGCGAUCGCGGCUUGUGAGAAGAGUGCCGAGUGGGAGCUGGCUUUGGAGAUCUUGAGACAAAUGGAUAGCGAUCAGGUGCGCAGUGAUACGAUUUCAUUUAGCACAGCCAUCAGUGUUUGCGCAAGUACAGGUCAUUGGACGGUAGGGCUGGAUCUGCUUGAGCACAUGUUUGCGAAGACUAUUCCGCCUGAUGCCAUUGCAUUCUCUGCGGCUAUCACUGCAUGUGGAAGAGGGGAAGUGUGGGAUCGCGCAUUGGUGCUCUUGCGAGAUCUUUGGUCGCUGUCCAAUGGAGUGAGCAGUAUCAGCUUUGCUGCGGCCAUAUCAGCCUGUGAACGAGCCGGGCAAUGGACUGCAGCAUGCCAGGUUCUUGAGACAUUACUGAGCACGAAUGUCGCUGUGGACGUUGUGCCUUUCAGUGCCACGAUUGCAGCUUGCUCGCGCGCGGGAGAGUGGGAAAUAGCACUGAAUCUGCUUGACCAGAUGGUGUCCAGGAGCACAGGCAAAGACACAGUGUCGUGCACAGCGGCCAUAAAGGCUUGUGCAACAUCCGCCCGCUGGAACGCUGCAUUAUUUCUUCUGGGAACGAUGCUCGCGGAAAAGGUGCCUCCAGAUGUCGCCACCUACAGCGCAGUUUUAAGUGCUUGUGACCUUGGCGAGCGAUGGGAAGAGGCCCUGGUGAUCAUGCAUGACAUGGGUCGCCGAUCCGCAGCCAUAGAUGGUAUACAUGUCGGCUGCGCAAUUAGUGCUGCUUUGAAGAAGAAGGGACGAGAGGCCGCCAUCCUGCUGCUGAAGGCGUUGCGGACAUCUUGGCCAGACACAGACAUCGGAGUAGACCCAGCAGCGAUAGACACUGGGGACAUUGAAAUCUUAUGUCGGCAUCCUGGUCUCUUGGUUCUCAACAAGCCAGCCGGUGUUCUGACCGAGGAUGCGCUUUCCUGGGCGCAGGGAUGGGCUGGGUCUCGGGUGACGGCUAUGUCUCGCCUGGAUGUCCCGACCUCCGGACUGCUUCCUGUGGCCCUCGGUUCGGAGGAGACAGCUUCGAGCAAGUGGUUCAAGGCGCAGUUCGCUGGCCGCCUCGUCCAAAAGGAGUACCUCUGCCUCUGCCACGGACGCGUGGAGGAAGCUGGCGAGCAGCGCGUGGAGCUGGCGUUGCGAGUGGUACCUUCGGGCCCCGGCACAUCUCGCGCAAUGGUGGAUCCACUCGGCCGCGAGGCUGUCACCUCCUACGAGAGCCUGGCCACGUACGCCUUGGAAAGCGAGGUCUUUUCGCUGGUCUGUGCCAGGCCGAAGACAGGAAGAAUGCACCAGAUCCGCGCGCACCUGGCAAGUGUGGGCCUGCCGUUGGUGGGCGACCGCCUUUAUGGCCCGCGUGCACCUUCUUGGUGCCGUCGCCUUUUUCUUCAUUGCCAACGGUUGAAGCUGCUGGGCUGGCACAGCGAGGAGCUCAACAUCGUGGCGCCGCUCCCUGUAGAACUUCGGCGUGUCCUCGUGCACUUGGGUGGAAAGGAACUGGAGGAGAGCGACUGGAAAGGCCAGGAAGAAGACGCUGCUUUCACCUGA